AGAGUUCCAAAUUCCAUUGCCCACCCUCUCAUGUCCAGCCGAACUUGAAUUCAUUCUAAAGGGUCCUUCUCCUCCAAAGCACACUCCUCUUUAUGGAAAACGUCAGCUGCUGUUCAAAAAAAAGAAAAAUGGUCCAAGCCAAAACGUGGAUACUGACCAAGCACUUUGACGGCUUUCCCAAGAAGAGCGACUUUGAACUGAAGCUUGAGCAACUACCAGAGCCUAAAGAUGGAGAGGUAAUGCUGGAGGCUGUUUUUCUAAGUGUGGACCCAUACAUGAGGCCAUUCAGUAGAGUCCGCAUGAACGAAGGCGAGGUCAUGAUUGGAGCUCAAGUGGCCAAGGUGAUUGAAAGCAAUAACGCAGCGUUUGCGGUGGGCAGCCAUGUGAUGGGUUACUGCGGCUGGAGGACCCACACCGUGUGCGACACAACCGGCCUGACUCCCGUCAUGGCGGACUGGCCUGAAGACGUCUCCCUGUCCCUGGCCUUGGGUGCCAUCGGUGCUUCGGGGCUGACGGCCCUGUACGGCCUGGAGGAGGUCCUGGGGCUCCAGGCCGGGGAGACCCUGCUGGUCAACGCGGCGUCCGGGGCGGUGGGCUCCGUGGUGGGGCAGAUCGCCAAGAUCAAGGGCUGCCGCGUGGUGGGCUCGGCCGGCUCUGACGCCAAGGUGGCCUUCCUCAAGGAGCUGGGCUUCGACCGGACCAUCAACUACAAGACCGUGGGCUCUCUGGACCAGGCGCUGAGGGAGGCGGCGCCGGAAGGAUACGACUGCUACUUUGAGAACGUGGGAGGGCCGUUCUCCAGUGUAGCUUUGCCACUGAUGAACGACUUUGGACGAAUAGCUGUGUGUGGAGGCAUCUCCUUGUACAAUGACACCACACCACAGACAGGCCCGUACCAACACCUGACCAUAAUCUAUAAGCAGCUCAAGAUGGAGGGGUUCCUUGUGACCAGAUUUGAACACAAACAUCCAGAAUCUCUCAAAAGACUGAUGGCAUGGAUGAAGGAGGGAAAAUUGCAAUGCCGAGAGCACAUCACGGAAGGCUUUGACAACAUGCCUGCUGCCUUCAUGGGCAUGCUACAGGGGGAGAACACGGGCAAAGCCAUCAUCAAAGUCUGACACGGAGGAGAUGGGUGGAAGAAGUGUUUUUUUGUCCAAACUGCUCACUAUCAAACCUGCUCAAAACCUGAUGAUCUGUUUUAUAGAAUCCCUGGUCUUUCCCUAGAAAGGAGUUAAUGCCUAAGGCUCAAAUAAACUCCUUGUGCUUCUGCUAAUUUUUUUAUUUAUUUUUUACAAUAUUUACAUCUAACGUUAUGAACUGGUAUUCAUUCUAAACCACAGCAGUUUUAUUUUGUGUGCGUUUGUGUUCUGUAAACACUUUCUAAUUCUAAAUGUAACAUUAAAGCGUGUUACACUCGCUUUAAUGUUAGGGUUUACACUCAUUUGCAUAUCAGGCACUUCAAUGCAAAGAGGCAGACUCAAAGAUACGUCUCUCAUUGUACCUUGAGAGGACCUUUAAAUCAAUCAAACACUACCAUUUUUUUAAACCAAUUUAUUUUUAAUCUUUGAUUUAUAAUGAGAAUAAGAAUAAUGUAUUAUUAGACACCGAUUCAGUGUCAUAGGUGGGGGCGUGGUUUGUGAAAAGUGCCGAGAGCCUAGUUGUGUGUAGUUUGACUAUUUACUAUAUGACCCUCUGUAGACGAUGUAACCAACCGUUUUUUAAACUGUAUACCUCUCAUUUCCAAUUAUUGUCACAAACAAGUUACAUUUGUCUCAAAAGGGUUGAAAUAAGAUACGAUUACAAAAAAAAAGCUAGGCACACCCAGAAUCAUAACAUUGCUAUGCUAUUGGACGUUUAAGCUUUCAUUCAACUAUUCACCAGGACCGAAGGAUUUUGUCUAGUCAUUGUGACUCAGGAAUUAUCCUCUGAGUCGACUUAAAUAAAAUGCAGCAUAUACUUGAUGCCAACAUAUAUGGUAGCUUUUAUAAUGGCAAAGACAUACUAUUCUUUUUCAUAAUUUCUUUAUAAAACAAUAUUUAAUUUUUCGGACAUGGUUUUGAUUAAUAAAGUUGAAGAUUUAAACAAGGGAACCCGCUGCAAAUGCGAUUUUUUUUAAAUAUCCAACAGAAAU